GAUUUGCACAACCAGAAUUCCAUGGUGGUGAAGAAGAUCAUGAAGAUUUCGUAGAUAGGUUCAUAUCAUAUAUUACCUUGGCUGGAUUAGAAAAUGUAUUUGAUAACUCUGGUAUAGGUGCAACAAUAGCACAUAUUCGUGGUGCUAAUGCAGGAGGUAUAAUGGGUGCAGUCACUUCUUUUCCAAAUGUUCCACUUGGACUUACAGGUACACAAAUUAUCCCUGCUCGAAAUAAAUAUGGCGAUCAACUCGGUUAUACUCCAGCACAGAAGAAAACUCAUUUCUUAUCUGAAGUUAAACCUGAUAUUAAAGAUGAAAUUUAUAGAAUUGGUCAAACAAAACCCAUUAACGAUAUUAUUAAUAGUUUGGCAGAACUUGAAUUACGUCAUAGAAUAUUACAACAGGCACUAUCUCAACCUUGCCAUGCACCUAUUGCUCCUGCUAUUCCAGAUGUUAUACCUCAACAACCGGCAUUCUCCAUGGCUGAUAUGCAAAAAAUGAUUCAAGAUGUAUUUGCAAAAUAG